GCAAUGCGUCAUAUCCGCCUUAUAUACAACAUGGAUGGGUCACAACCGGCAGUAUUUACAAAUCUUAUUGUUAGCCAACUGUACCAGAAGAGCAGGUUGUUGUGACCGAUGGUGAAUUAUAAAACUGCGGAUGUGUCUCGUUCACCUCGUCCCUGGGAGAGUCGUCCAAGGCUGAAUAACCACUCCCUGAGUUUCAAUGGCAUCCUUCCUAACAACAGUCCCUUGCUGCCGUCUCAACAAUGAACUGUGGAAAGCCUCAAGCACAGACUAAAAAGAAUGGCAAGGUUUAGGCGAAAGUUUUGCAUCACGUUAUUAGCUUUGGUGUUGCUUGUUCUUGUCAUAACUGUGGUCUUGACAGUGCUCACACCAGAGGACUCUUCAUUCAGGAGCCCUUUAGGAAGCAAGCUGUUUCCAGACAGAAGAGAUGAUAAUCAUGUCCCAAGAGAGGACUACAAAAACCACAACCAGAUUAAAAUGAAUGACACUGCCAAGUCAGACAAAGACAAAGAGCUGGAGGCUUCACUGAGGAAGUUUCCUCCCCCCAACUACUAUCUACAUGCCUUCUACUACACCUGGUAUGGGAACCCUAAAUUUGAUGGCAAAUACAUCCACUGGAACCAUCCACAGCUCCCACACUGGGACUCUGAGGUGGCUAAGCGAUAUCCACAAGAGACGCACAACCCACCUGAAGACCUUGGGUCCAACUUUUACCCCUCUCUGGGACCAUACAGUUCGAGGGACCCCUCCAUUUUAGAGGCUCAUAUGCAUCAGCUACGAACGGCAGCUAUCGGUGUCAUCGCUCUUUCCUGGUAUCCUCCAAAUAUGAACGAUGACAGCGGUGAGCCAACAGACAACAUUGUGCCUUUGCUGCUGGACGUGGCACAAAAAUACCACAUUAAGGUCGCCUUUCACAUUGAACCAUACAAAGGGCGAGAUGAAGUCAGUGUGUACGCAAAUGUCAAGUACAUCCUAGAGAAGUAUGGAGAGCACCCGGCUUUCUUCAGGUACCGCACUAACACUGGCAAGCUCCUUCCACUCUUCUAUGUGUAUGACUCAUACCUGAUGAACUCCGAGCAGUGGGCCAAACUGCUGAAACACACCGAGAGUAACGGCAUCAGGGGCACAGCAUACGAUGCCGUCUUUAUCGCCCUCGUAGUAGAGGAGAAACAUAAGAGGGAUAUCCUGACGGCAGGUUUUGAUGGCAUCUACACCUACUUUGCGACCAAUGAGUUUUCCUAUGGGUCCACGCAGCGACACUGGGACUCUCUUAAAGCCUUCUGUGACGAUAACAACCUGCUCUUCAUCCCAAGUGUGGGCCCAGGGUAUAUUGACACAAGCAUCCGACCCUGGAACUUCCAAAACACUCGAAACCGCAUCAACGGCAAAUACUAUGAAACCUCGCUGAGAGCUGCGUUAGAGGCCAGGCCCGAUUUUAUAUCCAUAACGUCUUUUAACGAAUGGCACGAAGGGACUCAGAUUGAAACGGCAGUUCCCAAAACAAGCCACACUGUGUACCUGGACUACCUGCCCAAUAAACCUGCAAUCUACCUGGAGAUAACUCGGAAGUGGGCGGUUCUAUUUGACGGCGAGCGACGCAAGUGGCAGGAAUGAUUCGACGGACAGCUGUAGUUAAUGUUUGUCAUUGAUAAUAUCAAAUAUUUACAUAGAGUGUAAACCCAGUUGCAGAAUAGACUGCAAAAUACAAACAAAAUACAAAUGAUAUCCCCCCCCCCCCCCCCCGACCAAUAAUUUCACCCUGAAACUGUGCUGCAUGUUUUGCCUCCCUUUAAUCUAUUACUCUGUUAAACCUCAAUAGAAAUAAAUAAACUGUACCUCAGUAAAGGAUGUAACACACAAUUCUCUCUCCUUUUAAAAACAAAAUAAAAAACCUUCUAGUUUUGUCAGCCCACAGAAAAAUCUAUCACUACCUUUGUCACAUUUGACAAAUGUAGUUAGUUCUGGCUGCAUGGAUAAGCUGGCGAGCUCUGGCAGAACUGGCAGAACUGUAGGUUGCUUUGUAAUGUUCCUGAGUGAGUGGAACAUUGACUCUCUGGUGCCCCCGCGGUUUCAGCUGUGUUGCUCUGUUUCGUCGUCAUAUAAAAUGAAAUCAAUUGUUCGCUAUCAAUCCCCGUUGUAUACUUGACAGUUGGUCAAACAGAUGACACGGACAUGGACUUCAUCGUUAACUUCCACAGUGUGAGGUCAUAUUGUUAUUUACUGUAUAUAUGGAGUCUCUCGCCUCCUUUUGUGGGCCUUAUGCCACAAAGAAGAGAUCGAGACUGAUCCACACGGGGCAGUUGGGAAAAUUGGAAGUUAAUUGAGGGAGGUAUAAGGAGUUCUGCACCACCUAACACAACUGGAAAAUAAAUGAUGUCACAAAGAGGAGCUGCAACCCCACCUUCUUAUAACUUGGAUUUGGAUUUCUUACAAAUCUGCACUGUUCAAUGCAUAUGCAAAUACAAUGCACAUGUCUGUCUGCAUCCAUUUGUGUUAAAGUGGAAAAAUCAUCUCUCUUUUUUGAUUAAAUCACUUACAAGUGGAGAAGUCUGAUA